AUGAAACUUGAUCCAAGUUUUCAUAGCUAUCUAUCUAUCUAUCUAUUUCACAUUUAUGUAUUCAAACUGUUCAUUUUUGCUUGUCUGAAGGUCUUUUUUCUUCUUUCUUUCUUUAUUUCUAUUUAUCACACAUCAUUUUCUCUCACUUUCUAUCUAUCUAUCUCAUUUCAUUAUUUGUCUAUGAGUCUGUCUAUCUAUCUAUCUAUCUAUCUAUCUAUCUAUCUAUCUAUCUAUCUAUCUAUCUAUCUCAAUCUAUUAAUAUCUAUCUACCUAUCAAUCUGUCAUGCUUUCUCACCUAUCUAUCUAUCUAUCUAUCUAUCUAUCUAUCUAUCUAUCUAUCUAUCUAUCUAUCUAACAUUUCAUUGUCUGUCUGUUAAUCUGUUUUAUUCUAUUCAUGUCUCUCUAUUUCUUCUUAAUCCCAUUAAUCUAAAUUGUUUUCUGCAGAUUAUCUGUUUAUCUUUUUAUCCCACUUUUUCCUUCAAAGUCUUGGGACAAAACAUGGAUUUUAUAAUCCUCCUCCUCCUCCUCCUUCAUUUUCUUUUCAUUCUUUUCAUUCUUUUUUUUCUUUCUUUCUUUCUUUCUUUCUUUCUUUCUUUCUUUCUUUCUUUUUUUCUUUCCAAAACCAAUAUUGCACUGGAUUAA